AUGGGAAACGGCGUCGGAAAAAUCGCUCACUGCUGCUCGAUAACCGGCGACAUCUCCAGACGCCACGACAUCGACGUCGACGUCGUCUCCCCUGACGAGGGUCUCGGCCACUCAUUCUGCUACAUUCGCCCCGAAACAAUAAUCUCCCCCACGACGUCGUUUGAAGCUUCUUCUGACGAGUUCACCAACCCGGCUACGACCACGUUCCGGUCAAUCUCCGGCGCCUCAGUCAGCGCCAACACGUUCACGCCGCUGUCUACUACGCUCUAUGAUCUCUACCCCGACAGCUCCGGCGUUCUCGAUCGUGCUGCCAGGUUUGAGAGCUCAACCUCUUUCGCUUCGAUUCCUCUGCAGCCUGUUCCGAGGAACUCGGGAUGUCCGGGUUCCGGUUCUGCUGAAAGAGGCUUCUUGUCCGGUCCGAUCGAGCGGGGGUUCCUGUCCGGUCCGAUUGACCGGUUGGUGUGUUCCGGUCCGAUUGAGAAGCAGUCGGAGAAGUUUGAUAGGAGCCUUUCUUUUGGGCUUGAGAAGAAGCAAAAAAGAAGGAAUUUGAUGAGGAGGAUAAGAAGAGCGAUUUUUAAGGCUAUGAAUCGGCGGCACAAGUCGGCAGUGACGCCGAAAGAAAUGGAGUCGGAGAAAAUCAGCGGAGAGUUAAACACGAGCAGUACUAAUUUGAGCAGUAAUGCGAGUUUGGGUGGAAAUGAGAAUGGGAGUGAGGAUUUCUCAAUGGAAAGUAAGAAUCUUCAGUGGGCUCAAGGGAAGGCGGGUGAGGAUCGAGUUCAUGUUGUGGUUUCAGAUGAGCAUGGUUGGGUUUUUGUGGGAAUUUAUGAUGGUUUUAAUGGCCCUGAUGCUCCUGAUUAUUUGCUGUCUAAUCUUUACUCUGCUGUGCAUGAGGAGCUAAAGGGAUUGCUGUGGAGCGACAUUGAAUCCACCGAUUUGAAGUCAUCGGAGAUUGGCUUCAUUGAAGGAGUUGAUAAGGAGAAUUGUGGAGUGGAGAAUGUUUUGUCAAAUAGGAAACAGAGCCAACAUUUAAGGAAUGAGAGAAAUGAGAUGGAUAAUAAAUGGGAGGAGAGUCAGAAGAGAUGGAAAUGUGAAUGGGAUAGAGAAAUGCCAGAGCUUGAUAAGGAGAACUUGAAGCUUAAGGUGUCAAAUGGUGUGGCAGCUGCGAACCCCUCGGAUGUUCUCAAGGCUCUUUCGGAGGCGUUAAGAAAAACUGAGGAGGCCUAUUUGGAUGCUGCCGAUAAGAUGGUUACCGAAAAUCCUGAGUUGGCUCUGAUGGGAUCUUGUGUGCUGGUGAUGUUGAUGAAGGGAGAUGAUGUUUACUUGAUGAAUGUUGGGGAUAGUCGUGCGGUUUUGGCUAGGAAAGCCGAUCACAAGAUCAAGCGAAACUUGGAACGGAUUAAUGAGGAAGCUUUAUGCGAACGUAGAUCAUCUAAUGCUGAUGAGCUUUACAGUUUAAAUAAUUUGACUUCGGUUCAGCUGACAAUGGAUCACAGCACAAAUGUGAAAGAGGAAGUUCAAAGAAUAAGGAAUGAACAUCCUGAUGACGCCUCUGCAGUGAUGAACAAGAGAGUGAAGGGUUAUUUGAAGGUCACUCGGGCAUUUGGUGCUGGCUUUCUAAAACAGCCAAAAUGGAAUGAUGCACUGCUAGAGAUGUUUAGACUCAAUUAUGUUGGGACUGCCCCCUACAUCACAUGUAUACCUUCGCUCUAUCACCACAAACUCAGGCCAAGAGACAGACUGUUAAUAUUAUCCUCUGAUGGACUCUAUCAGUACUUCACCAACGAAGAAGCCGUCUCCGAAGUAGAGUUUUUCAUCUCUUCAUUUCCUGAUGGUGACCCUGCACAACAUCUGAUUGAAGAAGUGUUGUUUAGAGCAGCAAAGAAAGCUGGACUGGCCUUCCAUGAACUGCUUGACAUACCACAAGGGGAACGCCGUCGCUACCAUGAUGACAUUUCCAUUAUUAUUAUUUCACUCGAGGGAAGAAUAUGGCGUUCAUCGCUUUGAAUAAACACAAAUACUGCAAAUACAAAUUACAGUCGCAAGAAGGGUUGGAUGACCAUUUUUGACAUUCAUUGUUUCAUUUGUUCCUUUUAUAUCCCCCAUUACCCUAGUAAC